AUGACCUUCCCAGAUUUUACCACUGGAUUUCUGUUUGGACAGAACAAUACAUACAGCACAUACUCCACACACUGCUGCAGUGCACAGCUUGAUGCCAUGUUUUCUGCUGCAUCUCUUCUUCACCCGCUGGCCGCCAACAAUCUCCUCCAUCACCAACUCCCAUCCUCGACUGCUGGAAUUCGAGGUGGUGGCCCUGCAGCUUGUCCCGCAGCGCCAGCAACACAGAAAGCUGGCCGCAUCAUGCAAGAACAAGGCCAGGAAGACCGAAAUAGCUGA